AUGCUGUCUCAAGGUGCCCGCACGGUGGGCGCUCCGGAUGCAGCAGGCGUGCCCACGCUUCGCCUGGAUGCGCCGAGGCGCCGACACGGCCACGUGUUCUAUCCGCGUGAGGACGCCUCUGCCAGGCCACCGUCGCGGAGCCUGUCCCAUGCAGUGCUGAGAGGAGGAACCUCCAGCGUCCCAGCACAUCCGUUGGCUUCUUCUGCCUCCUCACCAGACCUUGGUGGCUUACGAUCCUCACUAGGCAGGGAGGAGAUCAAAGACAUCCCUCCGCCGCGGUUUCCUUCGCCGCCAAGCUACAGAGUUUGCCCACCCUACGCCAGCGACCUUCACGGCGGUGACGGCCAUGGGGCGCCCCGGAGCUCGGAGAGAGCCCCUGCAGCCCAGUCGACCGCGCCCUGGGAGGGUCGCGCGAGGUCGACGCAGCCGGCGGUGGCGCCGGCCACGUGGCACUACCGGCCGCCCUCGGCGCGCGAGCGCGACCGCUCCGUGGGCUCGGCACGAGGUUCGGAGCGCUCGACGACCCCUUCGGCCCGAUGCCUCGACACGGGCUUGAGACCGCGGAAGUCGAGACCGCAGGAGGAGGCACGGGAGGCCAUCUUGCGUGCCGCGUCGCCUCUGCGACCCACGGGUGCGGGCCCGGGUCCUCCGAGCCCGCGCCGGCCUCUGCGGACGGCGCGACGGCCUCUGCGGGGACCUGCUCGAGGUGCCCUGGCGGGCAACAAGAUCUCGCAGGAGUCGGGGAAUGGAUAUCUCUUUGCAAUGCUCGGAGACUUGUGCAUCUACGUCCCCGGUUGUCGACGAGCGCCGCGCGCCAUGGCCCUGAACGUGAUCACGGAAAGCCGCCUCUUCGCCAGCGAGCCCGAUCCUCGCUGGUUUGGAAAUCCGCGGAACCCGGCAGAUACCACGGCUGAGGGCUGGACGAACCAGAACUGGCUGAAGUCGAGGUUCCACUUCAGCUUCGCGGAGUACCAUGAAGGGCCCAGCAACUUCGGUGUCCUGCGUGUGAUGAACGAUGACCUUGUGCAGGGCGAGCGCGGAUUUGGUGAGCACCCGCACCGCGACAUGGAGAUCAUGACCUUCAUAGUGGACGGAGAGCUUACGCACAAGGACUCCAAGGGCAACGAGGAGACGCUGGGCCGUGGCGCCAUCCAGUUCAUGACCGCAGGGACGGGAAUCUAUCACUCCGAGCACAACCUGGCCAAGAAGCCGCUGCGGUUCAUUCAGUGCUGGGUCGUGCCCCGGAAGCGUGGCCUGAAGCCGAACUACGGCUCGAGCCUGGGCGGCCCGGAGGCGGCCGCCGAUCGCAGGGACAAGUGGGCGCACAUGGUCUCUGACGAGAUGUCCUCUGUGGCGACCCAGAUCAAGAUCCACCAAGACUGCAACGUCUUUUGCACGGAGCUCUCCCCCGGCAAGACCUCCCCUUUGCUCAGUAUCGCCGCAGGCCGGCAGGCCUACAUGCUCUGCGUGGAGGGAGAGGUUCGCUGUGAGAAGCAGAGCCUCCAGCGCCACGACGCCGCCGAAGUCAAGGGCCCCCUGGAGCUGGAGCUCAGUGCCGGGCCCUUGGGGGCUCUGGUGCUCCUCUUCGAGAUGGCGGAGACCCGGGACUCCCGAAAGGGCUUUUGA